AGACGAUACCAGGCCAAGCUUGAGAAGGCGAGCAAUGAGAAGACAAGCAAUGAUUGGACAAGAUCCACCGCGCCCAAGAGUUCCACAGCCGGGGGUACAGCGGGGAUUGUUGAGCCGAGCACGCACAGAGCAACGUCCUUGGAGCAGGAGUCGGCGGCGGAGGAACAGUGGCGGCGGAGAGCUGUUGUGCUGGAGGCCACUCAGAGGAGGCUGGAUCGUACCAGCAGCAGCAGCAGCUGAGCCACACACAGGAGCUUGUUGGCAGCCGUCACACCCCCAGCCCGUCUCUGGCCUCUGGCAGGCUUCAACUUAAGGAAUGUGAGGGACCGCUGGUGUUGGUCUAUCCUGUGGUCCCACUCUUUGGGGCCCAUUCUUCUGUUCUAUUGGGAGGAGUGGGACAAAGCCGUCCUUGCUCACCUUUUUCUGGCAGGCUGGACCGUCCUGGCUUCUUUGAACAAACCACAAAACCACGGCCACACUGAACAAGACACAUAGACAGAAGACAAAAA